AUGCCACGCCCACAACCUCCACGUGACCCGGUCGGCCUCCGCGCGCAGCGUGGAUCGCGGCCAGAGCCGCCAUUGUUCCGCCGGGGGAGGACAGCGAGGCCUGGCGCUGGCGCCCCGACGCCACUUAGCGGCCGCCUCUGGAGACACUCUGUCCCCGCCGCCCCGUGUCCUCCUGGCGGCGGCGGCGUGAGGCCGACUGGAGGGAGUGGGAACCCUCGGCCCUCCCCGUGGCGGCGGCGGCCACCUAUUCCCCACUCUGGAGUGAGGGGCGGCCGCGAUGCGCUUGGCCUGAGGUGUCGCGGCCCUCGUCGCUUCCCACGACUGUUCCAGCGGCGUCUGUGCUCCCCGGCGUCAUCCCGAGAGUCUCUGACGGGAGGGAAGAUGGCUGCACGAAGCUGGCAGGACGAACUGGCUCAGCAGGCCGAGGAGGGCUCUGCCCGGCUGCGGGAGUUGCUCUCUGUCGGCCUAGGUUUUCUGCGCACGGAGUUGGGCCUCGACCUGGGGUUGGAGCCGAAGCGGUACCCGAGCUGGGUGAUCCUGGUGGGCACCGGCGCUCUCGGGUUGCUGCUUCUCUUCCUCCUAGGUUACGGCUGGGCCGCUGCUUGCGCCGGCGCCCGCAAAAAGCGAAGGAGCCCGCCCCGCAAGCGGGAGGAGGUGACCCCGCCGACUCCGGCCCCCGAGGACCCAGCCCAACUGAAGAAUCUCAGAAGCGAGGAGCAAAAGAAAAAGAACCGGAAGAAGCUGCCUGAAAAGCCCAAACCAAAUGGACGGACUGUUGAAAUACCUGAAGAUGAAGUUGUUAGAACUCCCCGAAGUAUAACUGCCAAGCAGCCACCAGAGACAGACAAGAAAAAUGAAAAGUCAAAGAAAAAUAAGAAGAAGUCAAAGUCAGAUGCUAAAGCAGUGCAAAACAGUUCACGCCAUGAUGGAAAGGAAGUUGAUGAAGGAGCCUGGGAAACUAAAAUUAGUCACAGAGAGAAACGACAACAGCGUAAACGUGAUAAAGUGCUGACUGAUUCUGGUUCAUUGGAUUCAACUAUCCCUGGGAUAGAAAAUACCAUCACAGUUACCACCGAGCAACUUACAACUGCAUCAUUUCCUGUUGGUUCCAAGAAGAAUAAAGGUGAUUCUCAUCUAAAUGUUCAAGUUAGCAACUUUAAGUCUGGAAAAGGAGAUUCUACACUUCAGGUUUCUUCAGGGUUGAAUGAAAAUAUUACUGUCAAUGGAGGAGGCUGGAGUGAAAAGUCUGUAAAACUCUCCUCACAAUUGAGUGCAGGUGAGGAGAAGUGGAACUCUGUCCCACCUGCUUCUGCAGGCAAGAGAAAAACAGAGCAGUCUGCUUGGACUCAAGACCCUGGUGAUACUAAUGCAAAUGGGAAAGACUGGGGAAGGAAUUGGAGUGAUCGCUCAAUAUUUUCUGGCAUUGCUGCUUGGUCUAGUGUGGCUAGGGGAGUGAGUGCCUCUCAACAGAACUCUGCUUCUUUUGCAUCUCUCACACUUAACUCUGCUGUCUCUGGAUCUACUGCUGAGCCAGUUUCUCAGUCUACCACUUCUGAUUAUCAGUGGGAUGGUAGCCGUAAUCAGCCCCAUAUCGAUGAUGAAUGGUCUGGGUUAAAUGGUUUGUCUUCUGCUGAUCCUAGCUCAGACUGGAAUGCACCAGCAGAAGAGUGGGGGAACUGGGUAGAUGAAGAUAGAGCUUCACUUCUGAAGUCCCAGGAGCCGAUUUCUAAUGAUCAAAAGGAUUCAGAUGAUGAUAAGGAAAAAGGAGAAGGAGCUCUUCCAACUGGAAAAUCUAAAAAGAAAAAAAAGAAAAAGAAGAAGCAAGGUGAAGAUAACUCUAUCACCCAGGACACAGAAGACCUAGAAAAGGACACUAGAGAAGAGCUUCCAGUGAAUACCUCGAAAGCCCGUCCAAAACAGGAGAAAGCUUGUUCCCUGAAGACCAUGAGCACUAGUGAUCCAGUUGAAGUACUCAUCAAAAAUAGCCAGCCUAUCAAGACUCUUCCACCUGCUAUCUCUGCCGAGCCAUCUGUUACUUUAUCAAAGGGUGACUCUGACAAGAGCUCUUCCCAAGUGCCACCGAUGUUACAAGACACAGACAAACCCAAGUCAAAUGCUAAGCAAAACAGUGUGCCUCCCUCACAGACCAAGUCUGAAACUAAUUGGGAAUCUCCAAAACAAAUAAAAAAGAAGAAAAAGGCCAGACGGGAAACGUGAAUUUUUUUCCUAAAUUGGACAUGUGUUUACAAACACUGUCUUGAAGAUUAUGCUGUUUAUGCAAUAAUUUGUGAACAUGUACAGAGUUUUAUAUAAAUUUAAACCAAUUUUUAAAACAAAACUGAACACAACCACCAUAAAAUGGAAUCAAAGGAAAGUUAAUUUAUGAAAUUAAGAGGUCAACAAUACAUACUACAGUGCUGGAAGACACUCGGGAGAGACUUUGCAAUUGAACGAGAAUGAUCAUAAUUUAAGAAUAUUAUCCUGGUUUUACAACAGUUCCCUGUUUACAACAGAUUGUGCCCUGUUUCAUCUGCAGCUGAGGAAUAAUGGAUUCUGAUUAGAGAGAAGGCUGCCUAGAAGCCAGUAGGCAAGUCCUUGGAUCUUAUGCACGACCUUAGACCAUUUGAAUCUGUUUUAUGCUUAAAUCAAAGUGCUUUGAUUAAAUGCAUACCUGCCAUAUCUUUACCUAUUUGUUGUAGCAAUUUGUAUUAAAAGAAUCACAAGUGCAAAUAAAAGGUCAUUUAUCAUUUAUUUAACUAAACUGUCUUGGUUUAGUUUACAGUUCUUUAAAAGUUCUAAAUUAAAACAUUGAAAAAUGCAAUUGACAGACACCUGUAUGGCUUACAAAGUUAUUUUUGAUAGUCUUGCAUUACUUGAAUUAUUCAAAGUAACAGUAUAUUUUAAAUUAAGAAAGGUAAAUAUAUUAUUUGUUUGAUACAUUAAGACUGAGACUAACAGUGCUCUUGUUUAUGAUUUGAAAACUUUUCAGGCAAAAUCCAACUUAAUAUUUUUCCUUUCCCUAGCAAUUUUCCAGUGUCAACUCUUAGUUGCUAGUAAUUUUUUACCUUAAAAAUAAAGUAAUUCGCAACUUUUGAGCAUACGACGGAGAAUGGAAAAGUAGUCAGACAGCUUUAAUUGACAUUGUGGAGACCUCCGGUUAUCAGGAAUACAUUUUUUUACUGCCUUAACCUCCUGUAGUGCGUAGAAUAUGCAUCAAUUUCUUGAAGGGGAUUCAUGUUUUUAUAAGAAUUUUCAUGUAACUAUUGCAAUUGUGGUCAAAAAAAGGAACAUUUUCUGCUUGAAACUGUGUUGAUUUAAAUGACGUAUGAUCUGUCACCAUUUUCAGGCACUGUGUGAUUCCUAGGAAAGUGGCAGGCCUCUCUGUAACUGUUAAUAGUGCAUGCUCGGCCAUGUACACUGUAAAUAGCCUUUACCAAACGUGUUUGACAAGGACCAUAAUUAACAUCACUUUAGUGAAUUGUAAUUUUAAAAAAGCCAUGAUUUAUUGAUGUGAGCGGCUUGUUUUCGUGUGGCGCCAGGAAUGAACCUGUUUAAAAGCUAUAACCAAUGGUACUGAUCUAUCCAUUAAAUACUGUCCUUAUAUUUGACUGUAGUUUAAUAGUAUUGUCAACUAGGAAAGCUACAAGAUGUAAAAUGGUUUUCGUUCUGUUGAAGACUGGCCUUAUUAAUGGACAGCUUUCCUCAGAAGUGAUUAACAACUUUUUUUAUUGGGUGUUAACAUCUGUUUCAGGAACAUGGCAGUAUGUUUACAUGUUGUCAGAAGUUUUGUUUGAUUGAAUGGGAUUUCUAAAUUAACUUACUUGUUUAAAUAAAUUCAGAAAUGGAUAGCAUUGUUUUUAUUUGCUUCACUAUUGGGGUAAAUAAUAGCUGAUGUGCCAGGAAUGGAGCCUUCAGAUGGCUGCUGUGAGCUUCAUGUUCCCUCAGGGGAUGCCACGCUAUGUCUCAAGGAGAAGUUGAUAGGGAGUCUGUAAUUACAGAGUGUGCCAAAAGGUCAGUGCUCACAAGUUUAAUUGAACUCUCUCAACUCUACCUCACUGUUCCUUUUCCUUAUAAUUCUCUGGGCUAGAACAAAUAAGAAACUUUAUUUUUCACUUCAAUGUCUCCGGAUGCAAUCACUUAUAGGAGGUGGCACCUACACCAGGUAGCAAGAAUACCGUCUUUUUGCAGAGGAAUAUAUAAUGGGGGGAAGCAGAGUGACACUGGGUGGGUCAGUGUGGAGGUGGCCUCUAUGCCUGCCUUCUCUCUGGCUUGCGAGCCAGGCAGUGUGUGUGUGUGUGUGUGUGUGUGUGUGUGUGUGUGUGUGUGUGUGUGUGUGUGUGUGAAGGAGGCAGGUAUAUGAGUGAAAAUUAAUCAUUCACUGCUCUUUGCCUCUGUAUAGAUCUUUGUGUGGCAGGGCAGGGAUUUCUUGUCACUGAUCAGAGGAACUGGUUUCUGCCAUCAACUCAGAAAACUCUGAGAUUUAGGUAAUGGUGAUUAGAGAGUGGCAACAGAAGACUGGGUAUUCUCUGCUGGCCGGAAUGAGGGCCCCUGAUGCCACCUGUUUCCCCAAAAGGCUCUCUGAAAAGCCUUUCUGUUGUGGGGCGGGGCAUGGGCAUGUCAGAGUUCUCCAACUGCAUUGUCCCUAUCUUAUACCCUAAAUUGAGAAACAGUUGAGAGAGUCCAAAAAGAAAGUUGAAAUAAAAUAUCAUUAAUGUAAUUUACCUUGUUUAAUUUGUGCAUGCAUUUUAUUGGGGAGGGGAGGUUGGAAUAAUUUAUCUAAAACUAAUGGUAUUAUUUCAUAGGCUAAUCCAGUUUGUAUUUGAGUUAAAGAUCCCAGAGGGUAGUAAUUAAUUACAGAGUUUAGUUUUUCUUAAUUAAAAGCAGUCCUCUAUUAAUAUAGUAUGAAAUGUCAAAAUUUAGGAUUUAAGUUUAAGGUCUAAUGGCUAUUUUAAAGUUUUUCUGUAAACUCAUUGCACAAACUGGAAUUGGAAUUGCUUUCAAAAGACUUGGGAAAUGAAAAUGUGUCAUGUAAGAUGCACUGAGUGUUGUAAAUAAAAUACUGUUUUUGUUUUGUUUAAAA